UUUCCUGUUUGCGACGCAUUAAAGGUUCUUUUCUGAACUUUUAGCUGUUGAAUUGGGUUUUUGCUGCAGGGGAAGCGUCGUGGCGAUGAGCGCCAUCAUUCCUCGGAUAGAGCAGCUUUCUGCCAGAGUUGUUCGGGUUCUGGGCUGCAACCCGGGCCCGAUGACGCUGCAGGGAACCAACACCUACCUGGUCGGAACCGGGCAAAGACGUGUGCUUAUAGACACUGGAGAACCUGCUAUUCCUGAAUACAUCGGCAACCUGAAAACUGCUUUGGGACAAUUCAGCACCAGCAUCCAGGAGAUCAUCGUCACUCACUGGCAUCACGACCACACGGGCGGAGUGGAAGACAUCUGCAGAGAUAUAACAGGAUCUGACGUUAAGGUCAGCAAACUCCCACGGGCCAGCCGGGUCACAGAAAUGGCUGGAAGCAAGACGUAUUCUUACCUAAAAGAUGGAGAUGUUAUCCAGACUGAAGGAGCCACCCUCAAAGUGCUUUUCACCCCAGGCCACACUGACGACCACAUGGCUCUGGUGCUGGAGGAGGAGCGGGCUGUCUUCUCCGGAGACUGCAUCCUGGGCGAGGGUACGGCCGUGUUCGAGGAUCUCUACGACUACAUGAAGUCUCUGAAGAUCCUGCUGGACACACAGGCUGACCUCAUUUACCCCGGACAUGGACCUGUGGUUCAGGAUGCUGGCGCCAAGAUCAAACACUACAUCAACCACCGAGACCAAAGAGAACAACAGAUCCUGGAAGCUGUUCAGGAUGGAGCAGGAAAGCCUUUUUCUUCAAUGGAGCUUGUAAAAAUCGUCUAUAAGGACACCCCUGAAAACCUGCACCAAGCAGCUAAUGUCAACCUGGUUCAUCACCUCAAGAAACUGGAGAAGGAAGGCAAGAUCACUUUAGUGGAUCACUCUUCUACGAGCAGCAAAUGGAGAAGUAAUCUAUGAUAUCCAGCCAAACUGAGAUGAAAUAAUAUAAAAGCAACUUGCAACCUGAGUGAUGAAAGUCCAUCCAGACGACGUCUGAGAAUCCUUUUUGAAACCAAGUGAUCACAUUACAAAGUGAUGCAUGUAAUUGAAAGCAUGUGAAUAGAAAAAAUUGCAUUUUUUUUAACAUGUUCCUUUACAAGUUUUUUUUAAAGGGGUACACAACUUGUAUGGACCGAGCUGUUGCUUGCAUCACAGAUUUAAAAUGAAUCAAACGGUCAUUUACAACCUUGACUUAGAAAUCUACAGAAUGACCUCCUGUCUGCUUGAAUUUUCCAAGCUUCUUCAAUAUUAUUUUCAUCAUACAUAUUUUCUACACUUGUUUUUACAUCAACAAUUUCUCUCCUUAAUUUGGUAGAUUUCUUCCUCUUGAAACUUGUUCUGGACUUUGUGACGUCUGUAUGAAAAAAGGUGAACUCAUAUCCAGGUUACCACUAGGUGGCAGCAUCUGCUUAAUAACCUGAUCUGUCAAUUGUUAUAUUUGAAAAAAUAAGAAUCCAGUAAUAUGAAAUAGAGUAAAAAGGUUCUAUUUUUCUUGAUGAGGUUGUAAAUAAAUAAGAUUCACAUUGA